CAAGAAUCAGCAUAGAGAAUCAGCGGCCCCAACGAAAGCUUGAAAUGGCGAUGAUGGAUAGCUGCGCCGGCCAAUGUGUCGGCACAUUCUUCAUUGGAAUUGUUAUAAUCUAUUUAUUGUACAGACUGUUUGCAAAAAAACAAAGUUAUUGGAAGGAAAAAGGACUUCGUGAAGCAGAUCCUGUUCCCUUUUUUGGAUCCCUAUUGCAAAAUGUUAAAAAACCUCUUCAUGAGUUAGAACUCGAAAGAUAUAGAACGCUUGGGAAAAUAUAUGGAUACUAUGAAGGGACUAGCCCACUACUUUCGAUUGCAGAUCCCAAAGUUCUGAGAAAUAUAUUAGUCAAAGAUUUUCAUGCUUUCUCCGGGCGAAGGAAAAUUGAAUUGGGUGAUCCAAUUUUUGAGAAUAUGUUACAAAUGCUGCAUGGCGAAGAUUGGAAACGAGUCAGGACGAUUGUAUCUCCGACAUUCACAACUGGCAAAAUUAAAAGAAUGAUGGGCAUCUUUAAAGAAUGUUCGAGUACAAUAGAGAAAAACUUCACUGCUGCCGCUGAGAAGGGAGAAGCCAUUGACGUUAAAAGAUAUUAUGGAGCGUUUACGAUGGAUAUUAUUGCAAGUGCUGCUUUUUCGACGAAAAUUGACUCUCACAACAAUCCCAAGAAUGAAUUUGUCAAUAUGGCACGAAGCGUGUUCUCAAUGAACAUCAACUGGAGAUUUGUCUUCUUUUUGCUAUUCCCUCGUUUGAUGAAGCUCUUUCAAAUCAAAGUAUUCCCACCUAAAGGACUCAAGUUUUUCCAUAAUGUCACACUGGAAAUAAUGGAGGAGAGAAAACGAACCGGAAAGACUAGAAACGACUUUUUGCAAUUACUGAUGGAUACUGCUAAAGAAGUGGAAGAAGACACAUCUGAACCAGCGGACAAAGGAAAUGACAUUCUCAGCAACUACACAAGUGAUGACAAAAGCGACCAAAUGUUUAAAAGUACUAACUCCAAAAAAUCUUUGAGUUUGAAUGAACUCGUGGCACAAUGCUGCAUCUUCUUCCUCGCUGGAUACGACACCACCGCUUCCACUUUAUCUUUCACCAGCUACAUGCUGGCCCUACAUGAAGACAUUCAAAAGAGGCUGAUUGAUGAAAUAGAUGAAGCCGUUAAAGCUGCGAAUGGUGAACUAACGUAUGAAGGUGUUCAGAACUUGAAGUAUUUAGAUAAUGUCAUUUCCGAAUCCAUGAGAUUGUUUCCUCCAGCUGUGAGGCUGGAAAGGUUGGCAGAUCAAGAUUACCGAGUCGAAGAGGCUGGAUUUACCAUUUCCAAGGACACGAUCAUCACCAUUCCUACUUAUGCCAUUCACAGGGAUGAAGCUUAUUUUCCUGAUCCAGAGAAAUUCGAUCCAGACAGGUUCAAUGCUGAAAUAAAAGCAAAACGUGAUCAAUACACUUUUCUGCCCUUUGGUGCUGGUCCCCGAAAUUGCAUUGGCAUGCGGUUUGCUUUGAUGGAAGUGAAAGUUUGCUUGGCUCAUAUCUUAACCAAAUUUAGAUUCAAGAGAGGACCAGAAACGAAGGUACCGCUGGAUUACUACAUCGGCAAUGGCCUUCUUCAGCCUAAAGAAGUGAUGUUGUAUUUAGAAAAACGACAAACUAUGGAAAUAAUGGAUUACAUAAAUGCAUUUAAUGCUCUCGCGAUUGUUAUAGGAACUUUAAUAGUUGCCUACUUUUACAAAGUAUUUACCAAAAAGCCAAGUUAUUGGAAAGAAAAAGGAAUACCUGAAGUUGAACCCGCGCCUUUCUUUGGAACAGUUUUAAAAAACACUAAGAAGCCACUCUUUGAAGUAGAUUUUGAAAGAUAUAAGACUUUAGGAUCAAUACACGGUUAUUAUGAAGGAACCACUCCAUGUUUAUCAGUUGGUAAUCCGAAAGUCCUAAGAAAUAUGUUGGUGAAAGAUUUCCAUAUAUUCCCAGGCAGAAGAGGUUUUAGUACUGGAGAUCCCAUCUUUGAAAACAUGAUGCAAGUGUUAAACGGAGAAGAUUGGAAGCGAGUUCGUACUAUAGUAUCUCCGACAUUUUCUACUGGAAAAAUCAAAAGAAUGAUGAGUAUUUUCGAAGAAUGUGCACAAACCAUUGUGAAAAAUUUUACGACGGCUGCCCAGAAAGGAGAAUCUGUCGAUGUUAAAAGACUUUAUGGAGCUUUCACCAUGGAUGUAAUAGCUAGCUCGGCUUUUUCUACAAAAAUAGAUUCUCACAACGACCCAAAGAAUGAAUUCGUAAACAUGGCUCGGAGUGUGUUUUCGAAAGGCAUUAACUGGAGAUUUGUUAUGUAUUUGUUGUUUCCACGGCUGAUGAAGCUCUUCAAAGUUAAAGUGUUUCCACAAAAAGGCUUGAACUUUUUCCGGGAUGUGACACUACAGCUCAUCGAAGAAAGGAAAAAGUCCGGAAAAACGAGAAACGACUUUUUGCAGCUGUUGUUGGAUGCAUCCAAAGAAGCUGAGGAUAAUACAUCAGAAACUGUAGAAAAAGGAAACGACAUCCUCAGUAAUUACGAAACUGAGAAUAUGAAUGGUGACCUUUUCAAGAAUUCAUAUUCAAAAAAGUCUUUGUCUCCAAUUGAAGUUGUGGCUCAAUGUUGCAUCUUUUUCCUCGCCGGAUACGAUACAACAGCAUCGGCUUUGUCUUUUGCGAGCUAUAUGCUUGCUUUAAAUGAAGACGUGCAAGAGAAAUUAAUAGGCGAGCUUGAGGACACUAUUAAAGCACAUAACGGGGAAUUAACAUACGAAGCAGUUCAGAGCAUGAAAUAUUUGGAUAACGUGAUAUCUGAAACUUUAAGAAUGUGUCCUCCGGCUAUCAGGUUGGAAAGAAAAGCCAAUGAAGAUUACUUUAUUGAAGAGGCUAACCUCAAAGUUCCCAAGGACAUGAUCAUAAGCAUACCAGUUUAUUCUCUGCACAGAGACAGCAAAUACUAUCCUGAUCCAGAAAAAUUUGAUCCAGACAGAUUCAAUGCCGAGUCGAAAGCUCUUCGAGAACAAUACACAUUCUUGCCAUUCGGCGCAGGGCCCAGAAACUGCAUAGCCAUGCGAUUCGCUCUGAUGGAGAUCAAAGUUUGCCUGGCCUAUGUCCUCAGAACUUUUAGAUUCAAGAAAAGUCCUCAAACAAAGAUACCACUAGAUUUCUAUAAAGGACAGGGUCUUCUGCAACCUAAGGAGGUUAUGCUACAGCUGGAACUUCGGCAAAAUUCUCCAUAGUUGAAAAAUAUUGUGAAUAAAAUAUAAAUACAGCCAACUAAAAUGGAGAAAGAGGUUUUUUGGAAAGAAGAUAGAGAGAAAAAGCAAUUUAAGUUCUAAACCCGUCAACAAAGCGCACAACUCUGUAAGAUGGACUUGUCUUUCAAGUUUGAGAAUAGAAAUUAUGAAAAAAAAUAAAUAAUAAUAAUAAUACAAAGACUAAAUAUUUCUUUUAAAAUAAAUGUGUAUAUAUUUAUUCUGAAGUAUGUACCAAAACAAUAAAACUAUUUUUUAUU